AUGGUUGGCCUAGGCUAUGGAAAUGAAGGGCUCUAUAGAAAGUUAACCAUUCCAGGGACAACAACAGCAUUGGGUGGCAGUGGUAGUAAUCCUAAUUAUACGGGCACUGACGCAAUUGUUGGUGCUGGUGGUGGCGGCAGUGUUAGUGUCGGUGGUGGUAGUGGUAGUGUUGUCGGAGCAGGUUAUGGAGGUUAUGAAAACUAUGAAAACUAUGGAAACUAUAGAACUGCAUCAGCAGCAGGAGCAGCGGCAGCGGCAGCAGCGGCAGCAGUAGGCGCUGGUACCAGUAUAGGAGGCGUCCCUGGAGUGUCUGAGCUCAAGUUAAAAAGAUUUUUAGAACAUAAUCAACGACUGCGAGAACAACUUGAAAUGCAUCGUGUGCCUGUCUCUGAAGCAAGUCGAAGUCUGAUCCAAUAUGCGACAAACACACAAGACCCACUCUUACCCAUCAUCUGGGGAGUUGUUGGACCUGAUCCCUUUGCAAAACAAUCAUCCAAAUGUUGCACCAUUAUUUAA